UAAUUAUUAGCCACGGCAGCAAAACACCACGACAGACGUACACUCGACUCCGACUUUGUCACCAAAGACAUAGAAGAGUUCUCUAAUAGCUUCCAGAACGUAAAGUAUUAGUGUCACAAGCCUUUACCAAAGGAUCUUAUUAUUUUUGGAGUAACAUACUUCUGGAUUUUACUCUCAAGCAACAAGGGUUUCAUGAGAAGUAACACAGCUCUCGACAUCACCCGCGGGUACGGUACCCGUUGCCACGUCCACGUCUAGCCCCUGAAGCCGAACGGUAUUGUCAGUCCUAUUCAGCCGUCACCAGACGGGCGAUAACCUUUGGUGUCCGCUGAUAAUCGCAAAAGGAGCUCUACAAAAUUAAAAAUGGAGGUUGGAGUUGUGUGUAUACCAGACGACGAAGAUCUAAAUAGGUUUAGGAGAUUGGUAGAUACUACUGACGGAUGGACUGUUAGAUACAACAAAAACAAUAUAAAAGUUUGGGUUCAGAAUAUAAGUGAAAAGGAAGCUGCAUCAACAAGAAUCCGCAUGUUGAAGACCGUUAACGUAAUGAACGAUGUAUCCGCACCUCUUGCCUACGAUGUCCUCCAUGACCCAGAGUACAGGAAAGAAUGGGAUAAACACAUGAUAGAAGGGAAGGAGAUCUGUAUGCUCAAUCCAAAUAACGACAUCAGCUAUUAUUCACUGAAAUGUCCGACACCGAUGAAGAACAGGGAUUUCGUGACCCAAAGAACGUGGUUAGAGACCGACCGGGAGUAUCUCAUUUUCAACCAUUCAGUAUUCCAUAAGGACCUGCCUCCUAAGAAAGGGUUAAUCCGGGGUGAAUCGAUACUGACGGGUUACCUGGUGAGACCCAAAGGAAAGAAUAGCUGUGAACUGUUCUACGUCACACAGUCGGACCCAAAAGGAUCAGUACCAAAGUGGGCUGUGAACAAGGUGGCCCAGAUCGUGGCUCCAUCGGUGAUGAAGACGUUGCACAAGGCAUGCCUACGCUACCCCAAGUGGAAGAGCACCCACAACCCCGGCUUCAAACCCUGGCUGUACCCCGAGCAGGCCAUGGGCUACCUGCCCCGCCUCAACAUGGAAGACCUACUGGCCAAACAGGAGUACCAAUCGGACGACUCCCUGGACGAGACCGGCAUGAAGGAGGAGGACUUCAACGAUAGCAAUCUCCUGGCAGAAGACAAGGUUUUAUGAGGAGGAGUAACAUGUGGCAGUUGCCAUGGAGAUCAGAUGGAGACGACUUCCAACUUGUGUCUGGAGACAUUACGAACCAGUCUUACUACAAUCAUGAUAAUAGAACAUCGAGAUAACUUAUAUAUACCAAGUGACCAAAUUAGAAAUACAUUCAAACCUGCUAUAGUGACCACCUGUCUACAAAGGCCACAUAUGUUGUUUCCCUUGAAAAUAGUUUCUCAUUGAAUCAUGUACUAAAGGAACCUGUCUACAAAGACCACCUGUCUACAAAGGCCACUUUUUGUGUUUUCCUUGGGUGGUCAGUAUAGACAGAUUUGACUGUAUUAGUAGAUUAUAAUUAUAAAGCCUGAAUGUGGAUUGUCUUCAUCAAUGGUAUAAAGAUGACAAUUCAACUAUUCAGUGCUUUUGGAAGGAAAGAUUGACCAAUUUUUGAAAAAGCAUUAUACAAUACAUGCACUUGACCUAAACAACUGCCCUUUUAAUUCAUGACAGGGCUGGAAAUGCACGAUAGACUAUGCGAGAUUCUGUCUUCCAUAAUGGAAAAAAAAAAAAUCAUUGAACAAUUAAUAAUCCUUUUUCACACUUUACACUGUAAAUGGCCUCCCCCAAUAGGCUGCGACAAAGUUAGACGACACUGGUGUAUUGAUGAAGGCUCUUGACUCUCAUAUGAGAUGUACGUACCGAGUUUGAUCAUCGAUAAGUGCUUACAUCGUUGCACCAGGUGUUUUGCCCACAUUUGUCCUUCUCGAUCCAGGUGUGUGACUUGAGUACCAGGCUAUGCUGGGUGUGAUAAUAAUUGAAGGUCCUAGGUCGAGUAGGAGCUCCUAUGUGCAGUGCUUCACAGUUUGCUAACACCGGAAUUAGUGAAUUCCCUAUCCCUUUUGAUGCAUGAAUCUUGCACAUGGCAUAAUCUCCCAGGCAACAUUACCGUUGGCAAUCCAAUCAAUUGCAAUCCAAUUAAUUGCAGACCAAUUAGGGGAUUGCUUGAAGUGAGUCAAGUUUAGUUCUGGAGAAGAAACAAAACAUCAGUUUGAGAACUUUUGCCAAGAGCAGUGGUUUCGUAGUUGCUGGACGGUAUGUGCAUUCUUUUCGGCAAUGCUGAUCAAUUUCAAAUCCAAACUCUAUUCCUGAGGAUUUACAGAACCUGCCAUUAGGACCACAUUUGCAGAUGUGGAAAGGAACAUGUGUCUCUACAUUGUCUGCUCAGAUCCAGAAGGGUGUUAUUUAACUCAUAUACUCUAGCACUGAGUUUAAUAAUGCCCUUUUGUCUCUCAACAGACGAUAAGUCUUUAAUAUUCCGGUCAGAUAAACGCAUCUUUAUGUUGUUAUCCCUAGGGUGUGAUGGCUUAAAAGCCUAGAGCAUCUCAUGUUAGAUUCAUUACAUGCAAUCAGCAAUAAAACAUACAAAAUGAAUGACAUUCAGAUUCCAUUGCAGUAUUGUAACUAUCAUCCCUUGUCUGCAAUCUUCCAGCGAAACUCUAGCUUUUAUUUUUAAGAUAAGAACUAAGCAAAAUAUUGAAAUCCCUGACACUGAAUGUGUAACAGUAACAGUAUUGUGUAAAAUAUAUAUAUACAUCAAUGCGAGUGUUAUCAUUUCUUUUCUUAAUUACAUUUUUGCUCGUGCAAUGUUCACGCCUUUUGUUAAAGUCAUCAUUCAGUCACAUUUUAUGAAAUUUCAGACCUUAUGAAAAUUCAUUCCAUUCAAAUAAAGGGCAUAUAAUAACUUAAGUGUAUAUUUAAAUUGGCUAUGUGUAGGAGUUAUAAUAUUGUGUAUAACAAAAAAUCAAUGCAAAUGUUGUCACUUAUUUUCUUAAUCACAUUCUGGCUUGUGCGCCCUUUUUAUAGAAUCUGAUCAAACCUUUUUUGAAAAGUUCAUUCCAUUCCAGCCAAGCGCAAGUAAGCUUGGUGUAAAUUUGAAUUAGGUAUCAAUGAAAUACAUGACAUUCAGAUGUAUUCAUGCCAUUUGCUACUUAGGAGUAGA